UCUGUCAUACACUUGUUACAGAAGUGGUGAUACGAUUGCCGAGACUUUUGGUACCUCCGGCGGAUUUACGUUGCGAAUGUUUCGAUUGGGGAUCGAGGAACUCGGAGGCGGGGGUAGAAAGAAGUGGAGAUGCGAUGUUAAUUUAUUUUAAAUUUUUCGGGGAAGAUCGAUGCGAAUUUGGUUGUUGAUUUAGUGGGAGAGAGUGUUCAGGGGAUUUCAGUGGUUAUUCACCGACCUGAGAGCAUUCACUCAUCUCAAUGUCGGAUUAACUCUGGUGCAGUAAAUGUGUUAAACCUCUUACGCUCGCACUGAAGCAACAGAAAUGAUUUUACUCGGAUCUAUUCAGCGCCGUUAAUUAAUUUACCUUAUUAAAGAUUCACCUGGCAAUGAGCGUUCUACCAGUACGUUCACCGAUUUCACGUCGAGCAAAUAUUCCAGUUCAUAAAUCUCAGGAUGUUGUUGGUACUGCCAAUGCAGCCAUUGGAUACAGACUAAAGGAGAGAUCAAUUGGUCACAAAAUACAACAAACGAGAACUGCCAAAGGUCGUGGCAUUCAACAGCAUCAAUAUGGUGAUGUUAAUCGUUUUGUUGUUCAACAUGCACCCGAGCCUGGGAGAAAUGUUCGAUCAAGACCCACUGGCACUUCAAUUAUCCCCACGAACGAUGAAAGAGGUGACGACGAGGCUCUGCGCUUUGAGCAGAGAGAACUCCAGAACUUUAUCAAGAUGCGAGAAUUCGAAGAGAAAACGGAUAAGAUGAUAACACUCAAUAGAAUUCGAGAAUUUGUUGAACAAGGUAUGACGGCACACGAGGAAGACAUCAAUAUACGACGUGAGAAGCUACGGCACAUGCUGGAGAUAGAAGACAGUGAAUUGAUGCGAGAAGUCGUGAAUCAGGUACAAAGUACCGAGGAAACAAAGAGAGAAACAACAAAAAAUAUCAUUGUGAUGAAAAAACGCGAGGAGGAGGCGAAUCGAAGAAUGCUCAUAACGACCAAACGGAGACAGCAGCAUUUGGAAAAUUGUCCCGAAACGAGAGAAAGAAUUUCACGUGACAUUGCACGUGGUGUCAAGUAUUCAAAUUUGAUUCAAAUGUUGGAGAAGGAGAUGCAGAAGAAGGAGACCAGACAACUUGACGAACUAUGGUACAAGAUAAUGCUCAAGGAGAAUGAGAAACAGAAGUUGAAGGAGAAGGAGGAGAUGAUGAAAAGAAUGACAUUGGGUAGAACAACCGGAUUAAUUCUGGAACAUCAGAUAGCUGGAAGAUCAUCAUCCAUCGGUCAAGUGCAGAGAUUACGUGAACAAGAGAAACUGGAAUUGGAGCAUUUGUGGAACGAGGUGAGAGCCGAAGAAGUACGUUACUUGGCACAUGAGAGGGAGAAACGUGAGAGGCUUAAGGGUGAGUUGGAGGAGCAGCUGAUGGUGGCGAGGAGGCGUAUUGCUGAGGAAAAUUGUCACCAGGCCGAGGUCGAGAGGAUGCUCAAGGUCACCAAUGAGGAGGAACUGAGAAAAGAGAGUGAAAAAAUAGCGAAGAAUACCGAGUUUUUGAGGAACGAGAUGAUGGUGUACAUGAGGAGUCUUGAGGAUUUACGAGUUGAAGAAGCUAAACGAGAGGCUGAGGUUAAUGCAAUUAUUGAGGAAUCGGCUAGGGAUGCUGGGGCAAAACGUGAUCUUGCAUCGAAGCGUUACAGGGAGGAACGUAAACGUAUUUUGGAAAAUUAUCUACUCGAGAGGGAUGAACAGAUGCGCUUGAGGAGGGAGAUUUUGGGGGAGGAACGGAGGAGGCUCGAGGAGGAGAAUUAUUGUUUGAGGAAGGAUGCUGAGGUUGGGGUGGCUGAUGGACGUGCUGAGGCCAUGAGGAGACGGGAAAUGGCGUUGCACUACGGACAGCAAUUGCAAGCUCAGCGCCAGUGGGACGCGCUGAAAAAACAUCAGGAGAUGGAUAAGGACCGAGUUAUGCAUCGUGAUGCAUUGAAAGAGAAUGAAGAAUACAUGAGACUCACUGAAGAAGUGGUUAAUGCACCAGAAAUCAUUGCACCGAGUGCAUUCAAAAUUAUGUUGAAAGAAUUCACGACUCGGCGUGAUGAACAACAAAAAAUCCUUUGUGACUAUCGUUCUGUUUCUGUACCCUCAGCACCGAUGUAACUCCCUGUCACUGGGCUGCACUACUAAUUUACCCCCGUCGGGUGUAUUUGCUUGUUUCUUUCACUUGGGAGUCCAUAAAUCAACAUGCACGCGCAACUGUUUGAUUUUUUUACCUUUUUCCUCAUUUUCCAUUGUUGGCGCUUUCAAAAGCGCACACGACACUCGUUUUUUUUUCUUCAGAGCUCUAUAAUACCCUUGAGGCGUAAUAAAUAGACAUUUGAGUGAUUCUGCUUGAAGCCUCGGAUGCUCACUGGACUUGAAAAAAAAAUAGAAAAAGCAGAGAGACAGGUACCAACUAUGUCUGGCUUGAUUUUUUAUUUAUAUUUUUUCCAGUUUUAUGGCUUUCUUUCCACUGUUUUUCCCCUCUACUCGACGUGAAUAUGAAUUUUUCACGAUGAAAAUAUUCGCCUGCAGCGCAUCAGACACAUGAAACUGG